GUGCACUUUGAGCCUGACACCAACAUAAACAAAACGGAAGCUUGGAUGAGAACGGGAACCCCUUUAAAGUAGAGUCUAAAAGAUGUCGAAUCUUGAAUCCGCAGGGAGUUGGGAAGAUGUGGAGCAGCCAGUGACCACCAAGAGGGAGAGAGAGGAUGAUGUCUCUGAGACCAGAGGAAGUGAAGAGCUCAGAUUAGUCUUGAUUGGAAAGACUGGAUCCGGGAAAAGUGCAUCAGGGAACACCAUCCUGGGUCGACAGCACUUCCUCUCACAACUCAGUGCCAGCUCUGUUACUCGGGUCUGUGAGCAGGGGAGCACCGAGCUCCUUGUGGAGGAGGAGGAGGACAUCGGAGCUGGCCAGGAUGUUAUGUGGAAUAGGGUGAUGAGAGUCAUGGUUGUUGACAUGCCCGGAUUUGGAGACACGCAGCUCAACACGGAGGAGACUCAUUAUGAGAUCGCCAAAUGUGUCACCCUUUCUGUGCCUGGUCCACAUGCUUUCCUCCUGGUGAUCCCUUUGGGACGAUAUACACAGGAUGAGAACAAGGCUGUCAAUGAGAUGGCCCAGAUAUUUGGGGAGGAUGUAGUCCAUAACCACACUGUGGUUCUGUUUACCCGGGGUGAUGACCUUGAGGGCAGGGGGCUUGAGGAAUACCUGGCAGAAACGGCAACUGUAGAGCUAAAGGCUUUGAUUGACAGAUGUGGGGGCAGAUACCAUGUUCUCAACAACAGAGACCCCAGUAACCAAGGGCAGGUUAAACAGCUGCUAAGAAAGGUUAAGAAGAUGGUGAAUGAGAAUAAAGGAAGGUUUUACACUAAUGUCAUAUUUUUAGGGGCAGAAGCUGCCAUCAGGGAAGAGCAAGAAAGGAUGAUGAGGGAACAAGAGCACGCAGAGGUGGAGGAAGAAGGGGAAUGCAGCAGCACAACUGAAAAGCAAGCUCUACUAGCCAAGCGAAGGAAAUGUGACUUGGAUUGGGAUGGAUCAGGGGGUGGGAAAGGAGAGUCAGGAUGCCUCUGGAAAAGAGAUGUGGAGGGGGGACCAAACAAAGAGGAAUUCAGGAUAGAAAGAUUGACAGAGGACAGAAGGAGCAAUGCCUACACUUACCCAAGGGACAGAGGAGAGAGAUGGAGGGACCAGUUUAGAGCAAGGAGGAGGGGCAGUGACAGGGCUGUUAGUAGGCGACAGUCUCUCCGUUCAAUCUUAAAUCGGAUUAGGAGGGAGGCCACACUUUCUCCCAAGGUCCUGGAGAAAGUCAGGAUCCUGGUGACUGCUGGUGCCACUGGGAUGGCUGUGGGGGCAGUAUUUGGGGCUGCUGCUCCUCUAGCAGCUGCAGCAGGUGCUGCUGUCAUGGGGAACACUGUUGGCUUUGCUGCAGGUCAGCUGGCUGGGAUAUCUGUAGCAGGGAGCACAGGAGUAGGGAAAGCUGUGGGGGCUAUAGUAGCUGCAGCCUCAGGGAAAACUGCUGUGGCCCUGGGGGCAGCAACUGGUGGGAUUGUGGGGGGCUCUAUGGGUGCCAUGGCAGGGGCAGAGGCCUCCAGUCCAAAAGAGGGCGCUCUUGAUGCCCUUGAGCAUGUUGGCCUCAUUGGUGCCACUGCAGGGCAGCUUUAG